AUGUCUAAAUUUCUACAAUUGUUUUUUACAUUGGUUAUAACUUGUUCUGGUGUAAAAAGUCUAAGUAAUGAUCACAUUUUGCAGAGAUUUGCUUUUAUGGAACAAGACAUAGCGAAACUGAAAACAGAAGUCAAUUUGUUGAAUGCUGCAAAUGCAAGACUUAAUGAAGAUAAUCAAAGGCUUCAUUCUUUGUUGAUAAAACUGCAACAAUACGAACCAACCUACGAUGGUUUACACAGAAACAUUGAUAAACAUACCAAAAACUCUGGGCCAAAAAUGGAGACAAAACGGUUACUUCUAAGUUCUGAAUCCCCUCCUACAACAGAUCACGUGGCUUUUUGUGCAACACUUACAAACACAAUUUCAAACUUGGGAACACAUCAAGCUAUCGAAUACGACAAAGUCAUUACAAAUGUAGGGCAUGGAUAUGACGCAAGGCAUGGCCAUUUUACAUCUCCCAAAAAGGGAAUUUAUCUUCUGUCAGUGACAGCUCACGCAAUUAAUGACGCAAAACAAAAAGUAGCAUUGGACUUGGUCGUUAAUGGGAACAUAAUAUUUCAGCUCCUCUCUGACGGAUCAGGAGGGAAUGAAUCAAAUAUGAGCCAAGUAUUUCCGAUUGUAUUGGAAACAGGCGAUAUGGUAUGGAUGAGGACUAAGGCAGGAUAUGAAGGGAAAUAUCUAUAUGGUUCUACAACAUGGACAUUGAACUCUUUCUCGGGUGUUUUGCUAUCAGCACUAUGA